GAGAGAAGAGGAUAUAUGUCGGAGUACGAUGAGCGUAACAACUGUGUGUCAAAUAUGUAUUUACCAAGUUGUACAUAUUAUGUUUCGGCGCCUGAUUUUUCAUCAAUCUCCUCGUUUUUACCCAAGACUACUUCGUGUCAAAAUAAUUGUCCUUAUUCUUCCAACAUAGCUCAAGUCCGACCUGUUCGAGGAGUGGCUUUCAGAGACUAUGGACUGGAUCACCCAAGCAAAUGGCAUUACAGGGGCAAUUACGCUUCUUACUACUCAACGGACGAGAUAAUGCACGGAGACUUAAUCCCGUCAUCGAACAGGGCGGAAAUGAUUUUAAAACAUGAUUCAUUGUACGGGCAUCACAGCGGUAUGAACUCGCCAUGCAAUUUAUUCACCAAUGUCGGCCGAAAUGGGGUUCUUCCACAAGGGUUCGAUCAGUUCUUCCAGACUGUUAACUCUGAAAAGCCCAACUCUGGGCCCGAACACUCAAAACAGAAGGCAGACUCCAGUCUCCCCGGAGAUGCUGCAUGUAAUAAACAGACUUCAGACCCAACUGAGGACAUAGACGAACAUGAUUAUUCUAUAUCAAACUGCCCCGGGGACAAGAACAACAGCCCAAGUUCGUCAAAGUCCAGAAAAAAGAGAUGCCCCUACUCAAAAUUCCAGAUCCGAGAACUUGAACGAGAAUUCUUCUUCAAUGUGUACAUAAACAAGGAGAAGCGGCUCCAGUUGACAAGGAAGUUAAACCUGACAGAUCGACAAGUGAAGAUUUGGUUCCAGAACAGAAGAAUGAAAGAGAAAAAGCUAAACCGGGACCGGUUUCGGUAUUUCACUGGGAAUCCUUUAUAUUGAUCUUUUGCAUUUAGAGGAGCCAUAAGUGCUUCACAACUCUUUUUUUUUUGUUGGUACAUCGCACAAUCUAUACAAACAACAGGUGAAACACCGCACAACAAAACUGAACAUUGUAAAACAGGCUGAAUCUAUCUAUGCAACUCUUUUUGCAUCUUCCACUUGAAUACAUACCUCAAUGAACACAUGAAUCCUGUUAUUGAAGAUAAGAUUCAAUCCAGUGUCGAAAUCAUCCAGGAGACCUCGACAUAAUGUUCCUUUGCAUAUUAUUACGGUAAUUCAUU